CAUAGUUUUCUCUUUUUGACCAUCAGAUCCAAUUACCGCUAUGUAUUUUUCCUUACAUCUUACUUUCUACAACUAAUCUUUUUGCCAUAUUUAUUUAUUUUAGGAAAAGCUGUUUCUCGUGAUGGAUUUCCUGAAAUAAAGGAUUCUUCCCUUGUGGUUUGCUUUGGGGAAAUGUUGAUAGAUUUUGUCCCAACUAUCAGUGGGCUUUCAUUGGCAGAUGCUCCUGCAUUUAAAAAGGCUCCUGGAGGUGCACCUGCUAAUGUUGCUGUUGGCAUAGCACGUCUUGGUGGCUCAUCAGCUUUUAUUGGGAAGGUUGGUGAAGAUGAAUUUGGAUACAUGCUUGCUGACAUAUUAAAGGAAAAUAAUGUCAACAAUGAAGGGAUGCGAUUUGAUCCUGGUGCACGAACUGCUUUGGCAUUUGUAACACUAAGGAAUGAUGGGGAACGUGAGUUCAUGUUUUAUCGUAAUCCUAGUGCCGAUAUGUUGCUCCAAGAAAAUGAACUGGAUUUUGAUUUGAUUAGAAAGGCAGCAAUUUUUCAUUAUGGUUCUAUAAGUCUUAUUACAGAACCAAGCAAGUCAGCUCACAUUGCUGCAGCAAAAGCUGCAAAGGAUGCAGGUGUUAUUCUGUCCUAUGAUCCCAACCUUAGGCUUCCAUUGUGGCCUACUGCAGAGAGUGCCAGGGAAGGAAUUCUGAGCAUUUGGGAUACUGCUGAUAUUAUCAAGAUAAAUGAAGAAGAGAUUUCUUUUCUAACACAAGGAGAAGAUCCAUAUGAUGAUGCUGUUGUCCGUAAAUUAUUCCACCCAAAUCUAAAAUUGCUUCUAGUUACAGAGGGCCCACAUGGUUGCCGUUAUUACACUCAGGAAUUCAGUGGGAGAGUCAAGGGCUUUAAGGUAGAAGCUGUAGACACCACUGGUGCUGGGGAUGCUUUUGUAGCUGGAACAUUAGCACAACUAGCUUCUGAUCUUUCCUUGCUUCAGGAUGAGGACCGAUUGAGAGAUGUUUUCAAGUUUGCUAAUGUUUGCGGUGCAUUGACCGUGACGGAAAGAGGUGCAAUCCCUGCCUUGCCAACUAAAGAAGCUGUUCUUGAUGCUAUUCUCAAAUCUGUAGCAUAGGUAUUCUUCGCAGCCUCUGUAACAAGGUGACUUUCAAGUUCCGUGCCUGUAUCUCUUUUGGCAGCUAGGACUCAAUCGGAAUGACGUUCAUAAAAUGGUCUGCAUAUGCCCUAGUAAUAAUCUAUGAUCGUUGUUACCUUGAUCCGUGAGCUUAAAAUUGCUCCAAUCUUCCAUAAUAUGCAAGCCUCUUGCAUCAGAUAAUAAUUCUGUGAACAGAUAUGCUGAGGAACAAUAUCAUUAAAAUUACUCAAUGGUUGGUGAUUUUGUAUUCUCUUUGUCCCACAUUGUAGUAUUUGACAGUGGUUCCUGUUUAAAGCAGUCUUGAACUCUGAAGCAUGCAUAAUACUCAAAUUGGUUUAGUGAAUGGAUGAUCAAAGGCUUUUUUGCCCAUCCAUUUUAAAGGAUAGAGCAAUUCCUGAAAUCCCAAAUUCAUAGGGUCAGUUAAGUCUACUUAUGAGUUAUUCAAGUUUGAUUUGAACAGUAUCUGGAUUUAACUCAUUCAUUGCUAAGUUUGAAUAUUCACGCUAGAGCUUGAUUAUCAAACCUAGCGAAUGCCUUAGUAGUUUGGUUGUUUUAUUCAUUUAUUCUGAGUUCAAUUUGAGUUUGAAAAAUUAAACUCAGAUGAGUUUGAGGCAAUGUCAAAGUUUUGUGAGUUAGUCGAGUCGAACUUGAGCUUUUAGUGACAAUUUGUCUCAAACUCUUGAUUAUGGUUCUCAAAAAAUGCAUAACGUUUUCUGGAUUUUAUAUGCAAUGCUUUUGCUUAUUUCAAAUGGGAGCUGUAACAUUGUAGCAUGCUCAA